CAUCAUUCUUUCUAAUGGUGUUUAAAUCAUUUGUUCAUCAAUACUGCUUUAUAUCCAAAAUCACACCUGACAAAGACGUUAUUGUCAUGGCUGAUGAAUUUUGGAGGCAAUUUUAUGGGAAAAAUUUCAAAGGUGGUCAAUCAACUCUUUAUUUAGGAGAUAGAUUUUGGAACGUUAAGAUGGACGGAUUAACUGACAGCUGUGUUUUUACUCAUGGAUGUUCUAAGAUGGUAAACGAUCUUGCCUUAGACAGCCGAUCUAUCUUUGUCUUUUCAAUGGUUGGAAAUAAAAUUUUCGAGCUUUCAGUCUUUAAUCACCAAACCAGUACUCAAAUUCAGAACAACAAGGUUGAGUUAGUUGUUUUGGAUGACUCCAUCUAUGGUGAUGAUGGUGAUGAUUUGGUUAUUGCGUCCGAACAUAAGGAGAAGUGUAGUACUGCCGAAACUGACUUUCAGGAAAGUGUUGUUGUGGAAUGUGAAGACGACAAAUUUCAGUUGGCAAGUUUUGAGUCCGUGUUCAAUGUAAACACCUAUAUUUUAAUCUAA